AUGAUUGAAAUUGAUGAAAAAUUUAUAUGUGCGUGGGUAAAAAAUAAAAUAAGUUUUUCUAAAUAUGAUGUGAAUAACAUAUGGAAAGAUACUUAUAAUGAUUUAUUGUUCAAAUGGAUAUAUGACACAGGUUCUAAAAUAUUAUUUAUAUAUAUGAAGGAAGAUGUUAAUGAAGAUGUGAAGUUACAAUUUUCAUUAGAUUUUCCUAGUGAUAUUAUAGAUGAAAAAGUUGAUGAAUAUAUGAUAUUUUUAAAAGUUAAUAGUAAAAAUAUUACAUAUGAAAAUAUUGAUAAUUUAAUUUUAUAUAAUAAAAUAAAAUAUAAUAUAAAAGAAAAUAUUCUCAAUUUAAUGGAUAGAGUAUUUAUACCUACUCUAGACAUGAAAUAUAGUUCACCUAUAAAUAUACAAAAUGAUUUCAAUAUUACUACUAUAGAUUUUAUGACCUAUAUUACUCAACUGUUUUCUAAUAACCAAUUUAUUUAUUAUCCUAAAGUUCCAUUACAUCAAAUUCAAGCUUUUUCAAGGGAUACAAAUUAUAUACAACUCCUUGAAAAACUCUUGGAUAAUUGGAUAAACGACAUUGAAAGAUUAUUCAAAAAUAUUUAUGAUGAAGACUUAAAAUACUUAACACUAUGUGAAUAUAUUUGUGAUGUAGAGAAGAAAUACAAUAUAUUACAAGACCUAUUAGAAGAAUUAAACUUGGAUGUAACAAUUGGUAUAAUACAAAUAUUAGAUAAAAAUAAAUGUGCUAAUGUAAAUAAGUAUAAUGGUUUAAUAGAAGUUAUGAGAGAUAAAUGUAAUAAGUUAGAAGAAAAGCUAAAAGCAUUAAAUUUAUUGAAGGAACCUUUUAAAAAUUUAGAUAUUAAUAUAUCAGUGGAAAAUGUGUACAAUAUUUUGCCAACCAUAGUAAAUAGAUUGAAAUUAAUUUUUAAGUUUUCAAAAUAUUAUAAACAUUCUGAUAAAAUAAAUGAUUUAAUAACAUUAUUAUUGAAUGAAUUUAUUAGGAAAUUACAAAAUUAUAUAGAUUUAUCAAAAUUGUAUACAAAAGAAGUCAAGGAAUUAUCGGGAACAUUAGAUGAAUGUAUAAAUUUUGUGACCUAUUGGGAAUACUUAAUAAAUAUUUCCUUCAACAUAUCUCAAGAGAAAAAUGAGAAAAUAGAUAAUAUAAUACAAAACUUCAAUUUGUCCAAUAUUAACAACUUUAAAGAAAAGUGCGUGGACCUAAAAGAAAUAUGCUAUGCUUGCGAGCAAUUUUUAUUCAGCAUUAAAGAAGAACAUAUAAAAUGUUUUAGCUAUGAAUAUUAUAAUAUAAUUAAGAAAGGAUUUAAUGAUAUUGAAAGUACCUUUUUCAACGAGCUAAAUCGAAUUCGUAAUUUAAAUUAUAACAUAUUAAGUAUACGAAAUAAUGAGUGGUGUAAUGAUUUUUUAAAAACUAAAGAAUUAAUAAAAGUUCUUGAAAGUAUUUUUAUAAACUUGAUAAAAAUAUCGUUUGAAAAUUGUAGUAAUAUUGAGAAUAGUAUAUUUCUUUUUGAUACAUUUUAUAAGGUUUCUGUUACGGAUAAUGUAAAAUCAUUUAUGAAAAAGAAAGUAAAUGAUAUAUGGUAUGAUUUUAUAGAAUAUGUUGAAUCGUAUUCUAAAUAUUUUAAUAAUUUUCUUGAUAAUCCAACUUUGUAUUUCUCUUAUCAUAUAAGAUAUGAAUAUCAUUCUUCUUGUAUUAUGGUUGCAAAAAAUAUUAGUAUAAAAUUAUAUCGUGUAUUUGAAAAAUUAAAUAAAUUAUUUUAUUUGCCUCGUUGUAAACCACAAGAGAUAGCUUAUGAAAAAUAUUAUGAUGUUCAAAAUUCUCUUAAUAUAUAUAUAAAGCAAAUAAAUAAUAUAUGGAUAAAUGAAGUAAAAACUAUAGCUUCUAAAAAGAAUAAUUCUCUUGUUAAUACAUUAUUGGAUAAUUCUAUUUUGAUAAAAAUAAAAGAUAAAUAUAUUGAAAGUACAUAUAAUAUAGAAAUACAGAAAGUGCUUUCUGAAGUUAACUUUUGGUUAAAGAUAAAAGACGAAAAAAUUUUCUUACCAAAUAUUAUUAAUGAAAUAUCUUUUCAUGAAGAAAGAUUAAAAGUUAGUAAAGAAUAUGUAAACAGACUUGUCAGAAAUUAUAAUAAUAUUUGUAUUAUGUUAAAUAAUGAUCAAUAUAAAAUAUUCGAAUAUGUUUUGAGAAAUAUUUUUAAUAAUAUAGAAAAUACAUUAUUUAAAUAUAACUGGAAUAAGGAUAACAUAAAAUUAAAUAUACUUUUUAAUUUUCUUAAUGAAUGUUUAAAUAUAAAAAAAAUAAUUUAUAAUUUUAAGAAAAAUGAUGAUCAAAUUAAAAAUAUACUUAAUGAAAUGGAAAAAAUAUCUAUAAUUGUUAUAGACGAUAAAAGAACAUAUACCUUAGAAGAAUUUGAAGAAGAACAAAAUAUAAAUAUUGAAGGUAUCAGAAGUAUUUUAAGAGAUAAACAUACAAGAAUUAUUAAAAUAUUAAAAGACAUAUUAGUAUAUAUAGAAAAUAUAUCUAAAAAAGGUUUAAAUGCAUUUAAAAGUUAUAUUAUUAAUAUUGAAAAAAUAUUCCAAGAGAAAUAUUUUAUUUCAGUUAAAGUAUCUUUAUAUAACUAUUAUAAAUUAUUAACCGAUAAAAUUAGUAAUGAUGAAGUGAAAAAUUAUCCUUUAUUUAAAAUAUAUGUAAAAUUAAAUAAAAAUAAAGAUCUUCUAUAUGAUUUUUCACAUCAAUCAGCCAAAAAUUUAACGGAUGAAAUUUAUAAAAAAGCCUCUGAUAUAUUUUUUAAUUUCCCCAAAUUUAGUUUUGUUAUAUUCAAAAAUAGACAAAAACAAGUGAAGAAAAAAUUAGCAUUUGCAUUUAACACAAAUAGUACAAAUGAUAAAGAAGCAUUCAAUGAUCCAAAUGAUAAUCAACUUAAAAAAAAUGAUAAUAAUAAUCAAUGUACCAAAUUACUUAAUCAAAUAAACAAUAUCUAUAUCAAUUUUAUGGAAAAAUUAAAGGAAAAAAUUAAGUGGCUAAAACAUUACAAUUUGAAGCUAUUAAGUUUAAACGAAAGUGAAUUGUUGAAGAAUUUACAUUCAUCAGAGAAUCCUAUGAAAUAUGUGUAUAACCAAAUUAACGUUUUUAAAAAUUUGGAGGAAAAUAUUAAGCAGGACAUCGACAAGGAAAUAAUCCUAUUCAUUGAAAUAAAUUUGAGCACACUCAAAGAAGAACUUCUAGCCGAUUUUAGUAAAUAUAAAAAGCUAUUCCUUGAUUACAUUAGUGAUAAAUGUAAAAACAAGUUGGAGGACAUAUAUAAUUUUUUCAAAGAGAAUAGUACAAAUUUGCUAAAAGCUCCGACAGAUAUUGUAGAAUUAAAAGAACAUAACAAUUUGUUAGAUUAUUGUAAUAGUAAUUAUUUAAGAUAUAAAAAAGAAUUGGAAAAAUUAGAAGAAGAUUAUGUAAAAUUAAUCGAACUUAAAGGAGUAUUAAAUGAAGAUGAGAUAAUGAAAUUAAAAACUUCUUCAACUAUAUCAAAUAAGUUCAUAUCAUUAAUGAAUGAAAGUAAAAGUAUGUAUUUAGAUACAAAAGAAAGAAUGAAAAAUGAAAUAAAAAAUUCUUAUAAUGAAUUUAAUAAAAUCUGGCAAAAGAAAAAAGCUAUAUUUUAUAAAGAUAUACCAAUAUAUAUAAAUAAUAAUCCAAAUAAUGUAUUAGAGAAAAUCACAUAUUAUGAAGAGGAAUUGAUAAAUAUUAAAAAUCUUCAAAGUGGAUUAAAGAACAAAAUAAAUCUAUUUAAUAUUGAUGAUGUAUGUGAUGAACAAAUAUGUGAAAUGGAAAUUGAUUUGAAACAUUUAAAAUAUAUAUGGUUAAUGAUAAAAUAUUGGUAUACCACAUUUGAUUUCAUUAAAAAUGUUAAUAUUUUUUAUUUAUAUGAUAUAUUGAACGAAUUAAUUAUUAUGAUUAAUGAAUAUAAAAAAUAUCAUCUAUAUGAAAUAUUAUCAUUUUUAGAAGAAAAUAAGUUAAUAAAUUGUCUGAGCCAAUCAAAUUAUGAGAUAGAAGGGAAUAUAAAUUAUGAUAAAAAAGAAUAUUAUAAUGUUCGAAAUAAUACAAUUAAUGGAAUUGAAAAUAAGGAUAAUACCAAAAUUGAGAAUUGUGUUAAAGAUAUACAUGAUACAGAAACGGUAGACAAAAAUUUAAAUAUUAAAACAUUCUUAAAUCAAUUAAAAAUGCAUUUUUUAGAUAUAUUUGAAAAUUUUUUAAUAACAAUUAAAAUGAGAAAUAAUUGGGAUAUAUAUAAAGAAUUGAAAAAUAAUGUUGGAAAAUUAAAAUUUUCUUUAAUUCUUGUGGAAAUAUUAACAAAUGAAUGUAUAAAAUAUAGACACUUUAAAGAAAUUCAAUUAAAAACAAAUAUUGAAUGGAAUAUUAAGAAUAUAACAUUAAAUGAUAUUAUAGAACUGAAAUUAUAUAAAGAAAUAAAAUUUAUUACAAUUUUGUAUAAUAAUGCAGAAAAAGAAUUAAUUAUAGAAAACAACCUUAAAAAAAUUAUUAAUAAAUAUGAAAAUAUGAGAAUUAAAGUAAAAUAUUAUAAGUGGUCUAUUUUAAUUGAUGAUACAGAAAAUAUAUUUAAUAAUAUUAAUGAAGAUUUGUUCUUAUUGAAUAAUAUAAAAAUUUAUAAUUUUGAUAUCAACUUUUUAAAAAAAACAGAAAAAUGGGAAAAUAUAUUAGGUAAUUUAUAUGAUAACUUAGAAAUUAUUUGUUUUAUACAAAAUAAAAAUGAAUAUUUAAAAUCGAUAUUAUCAUCAUCUAAUGAAAUGAAGCCACAUUUAAAUAAUGUAUAUGAACAAUAUAAUAUAUGUAAUCAGAUAUUUAUGAGGAUUGUUAAAAGUUUUGAAAACUCAUAUAUAUUAGAGAAAAUUAAUAAUAAUAAUUAUGUACGAGAUUUUUUGCAUAUUCAAAAACAACUGAAUUAUAUAGAAAAAUCAUUAGAUACAUAUUUAGAUCAAAAGAAGCGAUCUUUUCCUCGUUUCUAUUUUUUAUCUAAUAAAGAAAUUUUAGAAAUUUUAGGAAUGUACAAAAAUCCUUUUUUGUUAAAAAAUAAAAUACAAAACAUAUUUUCUGCAGUAUGUUCUAUAGAAUUUGUACCAUCUGAAAAAAGAACUACACCUUAUCAAAAAAAUAAUUCCAUAGUAACAAAUAUAAUGAAUGAAUAUAAUAAGGGUAGUAUAAGUCUGGCAACUAAGAAAAAUUACCAGAAAAAUUUACCCCCAUAUUAUAACAAUAACAAUAAUAAUAAUAAUAAUAAUAAUAAUAAUAGUAACAAUAUUCAUAAUAGUAACAUUCAUAAUAGUAAUAAUAAUAUUUAUAAUAGUGAGAAUAAAGAUAGGAAUAAUUACAAUGAUAUGAAAAAUUAUAUAACAAACAUAUCUGAAAAUAACAUGAAUAUGGAAUAUGUCAAUUAUUCAUCCCAUUUUGAUAUAUACAUUUUGUCACAACAUAAAGAACGUAUAAAAUUACAUAAAAAAAUGUUAUUAAAUUAUGAAUCAUCUACAAUUAUAUUAAAAAAAUUAGAAGAGAACAUUUAUGAAACUUUAAAAGAAGAAUUAGUAAAUGUGCAGUUAGAGCUAAAAGAAAAGAAUUUGAAAAAUUGGAUAUUGAAUAACCCACAACAACUAGUCUUAGCUAGUAAAUGUAUAAAUUUUACAAACGAUUAUGAAUAUUUUUUAAUUCAAAUAAAUAAAGGAUCUCAUAUAUUUGUUAAUCAAAUGAAGAAGGAUAAUUAUAAAGAAUUAUUAUUUUUAACAGAAUUAAUAAAAACUAUAAAAGAUAAAAAGAAUUAUAUAAAAAUUAGUGCUUUGAUUAUAUUAGAAAGUUAUUAUAAAGAUGUUGCUGAAAAAUUGAUAAAAAAUAAAAUCGAAUGUAAUGACAACUUUUUAUGGAUGUGUCAAAUAAAGUAUAUACUAACUGAAGACGAAAUUAAAGAAAAUUCGAAUUUUGUAAAAAUAAUGUCUAUUAAUGAAGAUAAAAUAGACAAAAUUGAUAAUGCAAUUGAAAGUACAACAAAAGAAUCAUUAUAUAGAAAAGGUGGAAGUAAAAACGAAAUCGAUAAUGAUGUAACAAAUAUGAAAAAUACAAAUCAAUUUAGUAAUAUUCAUACUAAUUUAAAUGAAAAAAAAAAGAACGCUAAUAAUAUUAUUAAGAAUAAAAAUAAAAAUAUUAUAAAUAAUAAUAAAAAAAGUGAUAUAAAUGGAAAAGUGAAAAUUGAAAAUAUAAACAAAAAUAAACAAGAUAAUUUGGUUAAGGAAGAAGUGGAUAAUAAUAAUUAUAACAUAUAUGAAAACAAUAAUAAAAAAGGUGUUGAGGUAAAAAUUCAAUUAAAUAAUAAAAUACCAAAUAAAAGUGAUAUUCCUUUUAAUGAAGAUAUACAUUAUAAUAUUAAAAAGAAUAGUUAUAUUGAUUGUUAUAAUGAUGAUAAGAAAGGUGAAAAAUUAUUCAACGACGAGAAAGGAAAUAUACCAAAUCGUUUUUCUGGUGAAGACAAUAAUAUUGAAAUAGAUGAUCAAUAUGAUAAUCCUUUAGCAGAAGAAAAAAAAAAUGAUGAAAAUAAACAACUUAAUUCUUUAUAUAAUAUCGAUGAAGAUAUAAACGAAGAUAUAAAUAUUAAUAAUAAUGAAAAUGAAAAUGAGAAUAAUAAUAAUACAAAUGAACAUAAUAUAAAUAAAAUUUAUAAAGAAAAGGAGGAAAAGAAUCAUAAUAUUCCUAAAGAAGUAAUUAUUAACAAAGAAAAAAUGGUUACAAAUAAUAUAUUAUUAAAAAAAUCAAAAAAGAAGAAAAAAAAUAAUACAAUUACAACUAAUUUAAAUGAUAAUAAUAUGGAUAAUUUAAUUUCUAAAGAUACUAGUAAAGCAGAAUAUUCUAAUGAUCCUGAUAUGAUUAACAAAAAUAAUAAACAACUCAAAUAUUUAAAAACAAUUAAUUUAAUGCUCAACAAAUCUAUGACAUUAUAUUUAAAUUAUUUUAAUAAUAGGAGAAAAUAUUCUUAUGAAUAUCAAGGAAAUACAACAAGAUUAGUUAUUACGCCAUUAACAGAAAAAUGUUUUUAUUCUUGCUUAAUAUCUUUAGAUAAUUUUUAUGUGAAUGCUAUACAAGGAGAUACAGGAGUUGGAAAAAGUGAGACAAUAAAAGAUUUUUCCAAAUUAUUUGGUAGUAACAUUAUAUCAAUUAAUUGUAAUAAUAAUAAUACGGCGAAGUAUAUAGGAAAUAUAUUAUCUGGGAUAUUACAAUCUGGAUUUUGGUGUUGUUUCGAUGAAUUUAGUAGAAUAGAUGAAAGCGUGAUUGUUAUAAUUGUAGAGCAGUUUAGAUGUAUCAAACAUAUUUUACAAAGUUUAGAAUUUAAUAAAUCAAAUAAACAACAAGGAUAUCUUAAUUAUGAAUAUAUAUCUUCUUAUCAGAAGGGAUAUAACUGGAAAGUAAAAACAGAUGAUGAUGGUUAUGAUGAUGAUAAAAGUAAUAGUUCUUUUGAAACAUUCUGCAACGAAUAUGAUCCUGAUAAUAAUACUAAUGAAAAUAAUGAUAUGCUGUUAAUGGUAGAUAGUCAUAGCAAUAAAAAAAUAAAGAGUAACCAAAAAAUUUAUACAAACGAAUUAAAUAAUAUAACAAAUGAAAAUUAUACUGAUGAUUUUCAAAUUAUGAAUAAACGUAAUGAUGUUGUUAAAUUAAAAGAGUAUUCUUCAAAAACAAAUAAUAAUAUGAAUACGUUCGAUAUUUUUUCGAAUAAUAACAAAAAAAAUAAUAAGAAUUUGGUAACAAAUAAUACAGUUAAUAGUAAUAAUACCAGAUUAGGUAGUAAUAAUAAUGCUUAUUUUGAAGGUCAAUAUAUAAAUGUAAAAAAUAGUUGUUCCAUAUUUUUAACACUUUGUAAAAACAAUAAUAAGGGUGUAUAUUCGUUGGAAAAUUAUAAUAAUGUUAUUCAAGUGUUUUGUUUUAAACCACCUAAUUUUUAUUUAAUUUGUCAAUUUUCUUUAACUUCUAUUGGUUUUAAGAAUUCAAAAAAAUUAUCUAAAAAAAUUAAUACAUGUUAUAGCUUGUUAUAUGAAUUUCUUUCAAAAGACAAACAAUAUAUAAUUGAUUUAAGAGAAAUAAAGAAAUUUUUGAACUUGGUUUCAGAAGACUUUAUAAAAAAUAAUAAAACAAAAUGCGAAGAAGAAAUAAUAUAUGAUGCUUUGAUUGAAGUUAAUGAAUCCAAAUUAUUAAAAGAUGAUUUAUAUAUAUUUAAUAAUUUUCUAAAAGAGCUUUUUCCAUUCAUAAAAAUUAAAAAUGAAAAAAAUAAACAGAAUGAUUCUUCAAUUAAAAUUAUAGAAGAAAUUAUGAAAAAUAUGGGAUAUACAAGAAAUGAGUUUUAUAUAAAUAAAAUAUUGAAUUUGUAUAAAAUAAAAAAAACAAAUAAAGCAAUAAUUCUUGUAGGGAAGUCAUGUAGUGGAAAAACUAGUAUCAUAAAUAUAUUUAAGCAUUAUUGUGAAAUAAUUAAAAAUAAUACCAUGAAAGAUAAAAAUGAUUUAGGACAAAUGACAUAUGAUAUCGAUUUGGAAUAUAAAAAUAAAUGCAAUUUAUCAAAUGAGUAUGAUUAUGAUAAUGAAAAUAAUAAAUUAUAUAUGAAUAAUGAUGAAUCUAUAUAUUCUAAUCAAAUAAAUAUAUCUGACUUAUCCCAAUCAACAACAACACCAAAUAAUAAUAUUAAUAUUAAUAAUAUUAAUUUAAAUAAUAAUAGUAAGGGUACAUAUGAAAGUUAUAAUUUAUUGUGUCCAUAUAAUUUAUUUUAUAAUAAAUUUAAAAAUCAAGGUAAUACUAACAAUAUGACAAAUAAUAUGAGCACAAAAAAGUCGAGUAAAUUAAGUAAUACCUAUUCUAUGCAAAUUAAAAAUUCUGCUGGUACAUUACUUGAUAUGUCUUAUAAAUAUAAAAGAAGUACAGAAAUGAAUGAUUUUACAAUUGAUAUUACAGUAUUUAAUCCUAUGUCUACUGAUGUUCAGAAAUUAUAUGGAUUUUAUAAUUUCGAAAAAGAAUUAUAUGAAGAUGGGAUAUUAGCCUUAAUAUUAAAAAGAAUGUUUGAAAAUAUUAAUGAAAAUGAAAAAUGGUUAAUUCUAGAUGGUCCUUUCGAUAUUAUGACUACAGAGCCGUUACAUUCAUUAUUAGAUGAAAAUAAUAUUUUGACAUUAAUUAAUGGAAACCGAAUAAAAUUUUCUCCUAAUGUGUUUAUAUUUUUUGAAGUUGAAAAUUUAAAAAAUUGUACACCAUCAUUUAUUAGUAGAUCUAGAAUUGUUUAUAUGAAUGAGGAUGAAUUUAAUUAUGAAUGGCUAAUUGAUAGUUAUUUAAAAAGUAAUAAAUCUAAUAUAGAGGGAAAAAAUUUAAUACAAGGAUUAUUUAAUAAAUAUAUAAAGAAAGUAAUGAAUGCUAAAAAAAAUAAAUAUAAUUUAAUAAUAGAUAUCAGUGAUGCUAAUAUUAUUAUAUCCAUAUGUCAAUUAUAUGAUAUGUUAUGUAAUUUAUAUGAUAAAAAUUUCCCAAAAAAUUUGAAUCCAUCAUUAUGUUUAGAAAAAUUAUUUCUUCAAUCUAUCAUAUAUAUUUUUUCUAAUAUUCUAUGUCCUAAGAGUAAAGAAUUAUUUGAUAAAUUAAUUAAAAGUAUUGACAACACCUUCCCAUAUUUACACACGGUUUUUGAUUAUAUAAUAAGUAAGAAUAAUUUUAAUUGGGUAUUAUGGGAUGAAUUAAUUACAACAAAUCAUAAUUUUCUUCCCAAUAUUAAGGAAAAGUUUUUUUUUUCUUAUGAUAAUUACAAUAUUGGAAAAAAUGAUAGUAACAGCUUUAAAUAUAUGAAUGUUAAUCAAUUAGGAGAUACAGCAAAUCAAGAAACCGAUUUUAAUAAAUUUUUUCUGAGCAGUAAUUUACAUUUCAGUAAAAAUUUUAAUAAAUAUACAAUUAAUUAUAAUAAUUUAUUUAGUGAUAAUAAUAAUGUUAAUAAUAAUGAAAAUACUUUAAAUAUUUAUCAGACAUAUCAUCAAAGUUUUAUGUCUUCUAAUAUGAAUAAUAUGAAUGAAAUGAACAUGUUAGACAAUUAUCAUAUGUUUAGUAAUUAUUCAGAAGACAAUAUACAUUCUAAUAAUAAUAAUUAUUUUGAUUCUUCCAUGUUUAACAAUAAUAGUAAAAAUUUAUCUAAUCCAUAUUUUUCUGGUAAUACCUUUUCGCAUAACGAAUUUUCAGAUAAUACAUUUUCUUAUAGAUAUAAUAUGAAUAAGACAAAAAACAGAUUUGGGAAUAUGCAUAAUAAUGAUAAUUAUAUGAAAAGUAGUGAUAAUUAUGUAAAUUAUGAUGAUAACAUAAAAAAUAUUGCUGUUAAUAAUAAUAAAAAUAAUAAUAUGGAUUAUAACAAUGAUCAUAAUAAUGAUCAUAAUAAUAUUCAUGAUGAUCAUUUUAAUAUUGUGAAUGAUAAUUAUAUAGAAAGUUAUAAUAACCUUUCUAUGAAAGAUAAUAUAUAUAGUAAAAAGGAUGAAUAUAACGAAAAUUAUAUGGAAAAAACGAAAGAAAAAUAUUUCCAUCAAAAUUUUAAGGACAAUAUUUUUAUUGAAAAUGUAGAAUCAUUACGUAAAAAAAAUAUGAUUAGCAUUCUGAUGUAUAAUAAAAAAAAUAUCUUACUAAUAGGAAAUAAAUAUAGUGGGAAAACAUUUUUUAUGAAAUAUAAUAUAUUACCAUAUAUUAAAGAAGAUAUAUCAAGUUAUUAUACCUUUAUUUCAAAAUUAUAUAAUUCUAGUAAACUAGAGAAAAUAAUAGAAAUGAAUGUCGAAAAAAAAUGCAGAAAUGUUUAUAAACCAAUUGGUAAUAAAAAGUGUUUAUAUAUUAUUUUAGAUGAUUUAAAUAAUAUUCAAAAAAGUAAUAAUUCUUAUAUUGAAGAUUAUAAUAAUAAUAAUAAUAUGAUACAGAAUAAUUUAUUCUUUAAUUUUGAUAUGAACCAUAAGAAUGAUAUAUCUACGAACAUAUAUGAUAAUAAUAAUUAUAACAAUAAUAAAAUGAGAUAUCUUAAUAAUUGCAGUGUACUAGAAUUUAUCAACCAAUUCAUAGAUUAUAAUAUAUAUUUUAAUAAAGAUAGUGACUCGGUAAAGAAUGUAGAGAAUUUAGUUUUCUUUUUAAUAUACGGAAAUAAUAAAAAGUAUACAUCUACCUUUAAUAGAAAGAUAAUAAAUAGGAUGUAUAUAAUACAUUUAAACGAAAUGGAUGAGACCAAUAUAAAGAAUACUUUCCAUGCUUUCUUAAGACAUAAAUUUACAAAUUUUCAUGAAGUUAUUAAAAAUUUAUCAGAACCUUUGUCUGCAUCAACUGUUAGAUUUGUUUUUGAAUCGGCAAAAAAUUUUAAACCAAAUUUAAAUUGUUAUCAUUAUUUCUUUCAUUUGAAACAUAUUUUUAAAAUAAUCAAAGGAAUAUUUUUAUCAGAGGCUCCUAUUUAUGAAGAAAAAGAAAGUGUGUUACGAUUAUGGGUAAAUGAAUGUUGUCGAUCCUUGGGAGAUCAAUUAAUUUUACAAACGGAAAGAAAAAGAUUCAAAACUAUUUUAAAAAACAUUCUACGUAAAAAGUUUUAUAUUAUGUACAAUUAUUUAUUUCCUAAAAGGAAAACAUUUUAUUUUUGUUCCUAUAAUUUUCACGACACUAAGAAUGAAAAACCAUAUUUUUUCUAUCAACCGAUAUCUAAUGAAAAUGUAUUAAUAGAAUUUUUUAAGAACGUUAUAUCUUCUAUUAACACAUUUGUUGUUUGUAAUUACGAUCAGAAAAAAAAGGAAUAUUUUAGAAAUGAAAAAGGGGAUUCAAAUAUAAAUGUGAAUAAUGAGAAGAAGAAAACAAAUAUUCAUUUAAAUAAAAAUGAGGAAAUGAAAAAAUAUAAUGAAAAUAGUACAUAUACAAUUUUGAACACGAAAGUAGAUUCGAAAGCUAUAAAUAUAAAUAAAGAAGAUGAAAUGGUAUAUACUAAUAUAAAUCGUGCAGAUAAUAUAAAAGAAAUGAUGAAUGUAUCUUUAGAAAAAGGUCAAAUAAAAAUAUCUAAAGAAAUUGAAAAGUUAGUAAACAAGAAUGAUAAUGAUUUUAAUAAUAUGAAUAACCCAAUAAAUUUUAUUUUAUUUAAAGAUGUCAUGUUAAAUAUAUGUAAAUUUUCUAGAAUUUUUCUUUUCGAAAAUGAGCAUUUUAUAUCUAUUGGAGAUAGUAGUCAAGGGAAGUUUACCUGUUGUUUAAUAGCAUGUUAUAUAUAUCAAAUAAAAAUUGAUGUUAUUAAAAACUUUUAUUAUAACAAAAUGAAUAUGGAAAAUAUAGAUGAUGAUGAUGAUAAUAAUAAUAAUAAUAAUGCAAAAUCUGAUAUGAAUAAGGAAGACAUGAAUUAUAUUCUUGAAUCCAAUAAUGAUAAAAAUGACACAAAUGUUGUGAAUAAAGUGGUUGAUGAGGAAGAAAAUAAAGAAAUAAUGGAAAUACAAGGAACAUAUGAAAAAGAUGAAGAUAAUAAAGAUCAGCAAAGUGAUAUAAACAAUGAUACAAAUCGUACGAAUAAUAUUGACACAUUUUCUAACACAUCAGAAAAUAAUAUUUUAAUAAAUAUGAAUAAUAGCAUUCAUCAUAUUGAUUACAUACAGAAUGAUAACAUGAAAUGUAAUAAAGGUAUUAGUGAUAAAGAGGAACAACCGAAUAAAUUGAAUACAAAUUUGUUAAAUAAUAAGAAUCUUUCUGUUAUAGAAAAAUUAAAAUGUAAUUAUUUUAUAAAAAAAUUCAAAGAAGCAAUAUUUAAUUGUUACAAGAAUGAGAAAAGAUGUGUAUUGUAUUAUCUAGAUGAUAAAAUGAAUUAUGACAUUUUAGAAUUUCUACAUAUCUUAUAUAAUAAUGAUAAUUUAAUAAACAUAUUUAAUAGUGAAGAAAUAGCCUUUUUAAAAAAUAUACUUUUGCAAAACGAAAUAAAUCUUAAAGGUUUUGAUACAUUAGAUGAAAUGAUUGAAGAAUUAAUUAGACGAAAUUAUCAUUAUAUAUUAUUUACAUCAUUAAAAAGUAAAAUGUUUAAAAAAAUAUCCUAUGAAUAUAAUUCUAUAUUAAAAAAUUCUACCGUUAAUUAUUUUUUUCCUUGGAAAAAUAGUUCAUAUAAUAUAAUAGCACAUGAAACACUCAAAAUGAAUAAUCUAAAUAUUAAUAUCUUUAUUAAUUUACACAAUGCUGCUUUAAAAAUGUUUCAGAAUAUAUUGAUUAAUUUAGAAGAAACAUUAGAUCACCAUGAAAUAAAACAAGGAAACCAUUUUUUUUUAAAUGAAUUUAUUAGUCAUAUGGAUAAUAAUAAUAAUAGUUAUCAUUAUAAAAAUGUAAAUGAAAAAGAAACAGGUAAUAUGAAACAAGGAAAUGAAAGUAAAAUAUUCGGUACCAAUGUAAGUUUAACCACAUCUAAAAAUGUAAUAGGACAAGAAGACAAGCAAAUUGCUCAAAUAAAUAAUAGUUUACAAAUGAACACAAAAGAAAGCUAUAAAAUGAAUUCUGAUAUUAAUCGAAGUACUGUACAAAAUAAAGGAUCAGGUAAUAAUGAUGAAGGUGAAGAAAACUGUGUUACAAAUGAUGACAGGAAUGACGAUGAUGAAGGAGAAAACAAUAUUAAAUAUAUAAAAAACUCUAAAAUAGUUGAAGAUAAAUUGAAUAUACAAAAAUAUAUUAAUUUCAAACAUUUUUAUAAUUUCCUUAUAUUUUUUGAACAUUUAUAUAAAAAGAAAUCAGAAGAAACCAAUAAACAAGAGAAAAAAAUUAGUAUAGCUUUAAAUAAAUUAGCUGAUGCCAGAAAUGAAAUACAAAAUAUGCAGAUCCAAUUAAGUCUUCAGAAAGAAAAUAUAUCAAAAAAGCAAAUAGAAUGUGCUCGACUAUUAAAAGAAAUAGAAGAAAAGAAAAAAGAAUCUAAUGAAAAGAAAAAGAAAAUACAAGAAGACAGUAUUAGAAUAUCAAGUGUGGAAGCUGAAACACAAAAAUUAGCAGAAGAUGCAAGAAAAGAUUUACAAAAUGCAAUACCUGAAUUAGAGGUAGCCACACAAUCAUUAGAACAAUUAGAUAAAAAAAGUAUUUCAGAGGUUAAAGCUUAUACAAAACCUCCUGAUGUCGUCAUGCAAACUUUGUCUAUUGUUAUGAUAAUAUUAAAUAAGACACCCAGUUGGGAACAAGCUAAAAUUGAAUUAGGAGAUGCAAACUUUUUAUAUAAAUUAAAAACAUUUGAUAAGGAUACUAUAUCGGAUAAAACCUUGAAAAAAAUUGAAAAAUUUACGAAAAAUCCUAUAUAUUCUCCAAAAGCUGUAAAAAAGGUUUCUUCGGCUACUGGUACUUUAUGUAUGUGGGUUCAUGCAUUAAAAAUGUAUGCAGAAGUUUAUAGAGAAGUAGCACCAAAAAGGUUAAGACUAAAAUUAGCUGAAGAAUUAUUAAGUAAAAAUAGAAAAGAACUUGAAUUAGCCAUGGAUCAACUUCAUGAAAUAGAAAAAACAUUAUUACAUUUACAAGAACAACAUAUUGAAAGUACUAAAAAAAGUGAUGAACUAAGUAAGUCAUAUGAAGAAUCUUGUUUAAGAAUUGAAAAUGUAGAAAAGUUUUUUGUUAAUCUAAUAGAUGAAAAAAAUCGUUGGGAAAAAUAUGUUAAUAAUAAUGAACGUAUUAAGAAAUGUAUUUAUGGGGAAUCUAUUUUAUCCUCUUUCUUUUUGGUUUAUACUGGCUUAUUAAAUUAUGAAGAUAGGAAAUAUUUAAUAUAUGAUACAUGUACAAAAUUGUUAAUAAAAAAUCACAUAUCUGUUAAUACAAAUUUUAAUGUAGUUGAUUAUUUUAUAGACCCAAUACAAUCAUUAGAAUUUAAUACUAAUUUUAUAUCUAAUGAUAAUUACAUGAAGGAGAAUUGUAUUCUGAUAUAUAAUAAUUUUAUUGCUACAUUGAUAAUAGAUCCACAUUAUCAGGCCGUCAAUUGGAUUAGGAAAAGUUAUAAAAAUAAUGAAAAUAGUAUAUUAGUAAUAUCUGAUGUUCAUGCGUCUGAUAUAUUUUUUAAAAUUAUUUAUUGUAUGAAUAAAGGUCUUAGUUUAUUAAUAAAUCAUAUUAACGAAGAGCUGGAAGAUAUAUUACUUUUAACUAUUAAAAAAUAUAACAAAUUUCUUUUUGACAAAGAAAAUAGAUUACCAGUAGCAAAGUUAAAGGAUAAUUCUACUAGAUCAAAUGAUGAAUUAAUAAAAGAAUAUAUCAAAAAGAAGAAAAAUUUGUAUUCAAUAUAUGGUGAUAAUACAAUAAGCUAUGAAGAAAAAAAAUAUUUUAUAAAACUACAAUUAUUGAAUGAUAUACAAAUACAUGAAAAUUUUAAAUUGUUUCUAGUGUCUAAUAAAAACUGCUUUCAUUUGGAUCCAGUAUUUUAUACAUUGACUACAGUUAUUGUAUUUAGCUUAAAUAAAGAGGCACUAGACAACAUUAUGUUAAACGUCAUUAUAAAGAAUGAGGAAAAGAAUUUGGAAGACGAAAAUAAAGAAUCUGUUGUACGUUUAGUUCGUAUUAAAAAAGAAAUAUUGAAUUUAGAAAAUAAUAUAUUAGAAAAUGUAACAAAGAGUCAAAAAAAAAUUACAGAAGAUGAUGAAUUAAUUAAUAUUCUUUUAAAAUCUAAAGCUGAUAUAGAUGAAAAGAAUAGAUGCUUAGAAGAAAUUAACGACACACUUAAUAGAACUAAUAUGAAUAGAAACAUUUUUAAAGCUUUAGCUAAAAAGAUUUCUAUAUUAUUUACUGUAUUGAAUGAUUUAAAAUAUAUUAAUAGUUAUUAUCAAUUUUGUUUGGAACAUUUUAUUAAUUUUUUCACAUAUAGCAUUACCAAAUAUAAGUCGAAUAAUAAAACAUUAUCAUCAUCUUCCUCAGAGAGGCAAGAAAAUUUAUUUAACUAUUAUUUUUACGAAUUUAUAAAAUAUACUAAGAUUUCUUUAUCAAGCAAGCAUCAUUUAUUUUUCACUUUUUAUUCGCUAUGCAAAAUUAUGGUUUUUGAAGAUAAAAUAUCUAAGGAGGACUAUAAUUUUUUUAUGUUUGGAAAGCACAUGGAUACUGAAAAAAUGAAGGAAAUGAAAAGGAGAAUAAAUAUGGAAAAAGAAAUAAAGAAGGAAACAAGCAUGGAACUAUCCAAUGAUAAGAAAGGAAAAAAGAAAUAUCAAAAUAAAAAGAACAAAAAAUUAAAAACAAUAAGAAAAUCGAAUGCUGAUAGGAAUGGUGAAAAGAAGGACAUAUCUAAGGUUUCAAGUUCUGCUAAAAGUGCUAUUAAUGCGGAGAAUGACAAUCGUAAGUAUAAUGGGGAGGAGGUGAAAGGAGAAAAUGUAGAAGAAGAUGAAGAAGAUGAAGAAGAUGAAGAAGAUGACGAAGAAGAAGAAGAAGAAGACGAAGAAGAGGGAGAUGAAGACGACGAAGAGGGAGAUGAAGACUACGAUGAGGAAAAUGAAGAGGAAGAGGAAGAUGCAAAUGAAGAGGAAGAAGAAGAUGCAAAUGAAGAGUUAGAUGAGAAUGAAGAAAAUGAAGAUAAAGUAGAAGACCCAAAUGAGGAAGAUUACCGUUUUGAUGUAAAUAAUGAUGAAGAUAUUAAAGAUAACAAUAAUGCUGAUAUAAAUAGUAGGAACAAACAUAAAAAUAAAAAAAAUAAUAAUGAUAAUUUUAACAAGGAUGAUGAUGGUCAAUUACAAAAUAUUACGUUAGAAAAUAAUGACAAAGAUAAAGAAUCUAAUAAUAAUAAUAAAACCAAUGUUGACAUAAAAUCAGACAAAAUAAAAUCCAAUUUGGAUAUACUAAAAAGCAAAAAAAAAAACAAAAAAAGGAAAAAUAAAAAAAAGAAAAUUAAUUUAAAAAAAAAAAAGAAAAGUUAUGAAAUUAAAGAAAAUAAUUACGAAGAUUAUUCCGAAUUUGAUAAUAUGAAUGAUAAUGAUAUCGAAAAUGAAGAUAAAACAAUGGAUGUUAUAAAUCCAGGUAAUGAUUGGAUAAGUGAUAUAAAAUGGAAAGAAUUAUUAGAUAUAGAGAAAUUAAAAAAUUUCGAAGGAUUUAUAAAUUCUUUCAUUAAAUCUAUUAGAGAAUGGAGAAGAUGGUUUAAUUAUUUACAAGUGGAAAAUCUUGUAUUUCCAGAUGAAUGGGAAUAUAAUUUAAAUAGUUUUCAAAAAUUGAUUAUAAUAAAAAUAUUAAGACCAGAUAGAUUAAACAAAGCAAUAGAAAAUUUUAUUUUUUCUAAUAUGUCUUAUAAUGAUAUAGAGGUAGAAUACAUGAAUUUUGAAUAUAUAUUACGCCCUUCUAAAAAAAAUAUAGAACCAUUAAUUAUUAUAUACAAACCUAAUUAUGAUCCGUUUGAAUAUAUUUACAAGUAUGCUUUGGAUAAUAAUCAAAAGUUAAAAAAUAUUACUCUAACAAAUUAUAAUAUAAAUUAUAUAUAUAAUUAUUUAAGGGUUGCAAUGAAAGAAGGACAUGUUUUAUAUAUAACAAAUUUACACAAUUCUAAUGAAAAUUUAUUAAAAUUGACAAAGUUAAUUGAAGAUAUAUUAAAUAGUAACACAAAAUAUAUAUUUAAUACUUCUGAUGAUAUUAAUGUGGAAGAAAAAUAUGAAAUAAAAACUAUGAAUAUAUCACGAGAGGAUGAAUAUAAACAUAAAGAAAACGUACAUAGAAAGAUAAAUGAGGAAGAAAUUGUGUUGGAUAAAAAUGUUGAUGAUGAUAUUAAUAACAAUGAAAUAGUUAAUGAAAAGGAUAGAGAAUAUAAUGAAGCAUUUAGUACCUUAGAUAAUAAUAAAAAAAUAUAUAAUACCUUAAUAGAUGAAAAAUAUAAUACUAUGAUGAUUAAAAAUUGUUUGAAAAAGAGAAAUAAAUUCAUUACUGUUCAUCCAAAAUUUCGUUUAUUCUUGUCAACAUUACCGGGUAAAGAAAUCCCUAUAUCAUUAUUACAAAAAAGUAUUAUUGUUAUUUUGGAAGAACCACAUAAUAUAAAAAAGAGUAUAUCUAUAUUAUUUAAAGAACAUUGGGCAUUAGAAGAAAACAAGAAUGUUCAAUCAAAUAAAUUUAGAAAAUUGCUUUUCAGUUUAUUUUGGUUUCAUUCUAUUUUAAAUAAUAGAAAAAAAUUUGAUAAUUUAGGAUGGAAUAAUGAAGAAUAUUUUUUCAGUAAUAAAGAUGUCAUCCUAAGUAAAUAUAUAACUAAAAUAUUUUUUAAUAAAGGUGUAAAAGAAAUACAUUGGCCAUAUUAUUAUUUCUAUAUUUGCGAUAUUAUAUAUGGUUCAAAAAUGGAUGAUUAUUUUGAUAAGAAAUUGUUAAAUGUAUAUGCCAAAGUAUUUUUUAAUAAUAAUAUAUUUAAAGGUAAAUAUAUAUUCUCUAGUUCAACAAAUUAUUAUUUACCUAUAGAUGUAAAUAAUGAAAAGCUAUUAAAUAAUUAUUUAAAAGAAAUUCCUUAUAAUGAUAGUGUAGAAUUAUUUGGACAAAAACCAUAUGCAGAAAUAUCAUAUAAUACAGGUGCAUCAGAAGAAAUUAUAUCAUUACUUUUUUGUGUUAACUCCUUGAGUUUGAAUCAGUAUCAUUUCCAUAACAAAAAUAAUAUAAAUAUAAAUGAAAAACUUGUAUAUUAUUUUACAAAAAAGUUACUACUUAAUAUGCCUCGUGAAAUAUACGUGGAUGAAUUAAUGAAAAAACAAUAUAAUCCUGAACAAUAUAUAUAUGCAAAUCUAUUAUUUAAGGAAGUGAAUAAACAUAAUAUUAUUUUGAAAAAAAUAAGAAGCUCUCUUAAUAAAGUACAAUAUGCUCUAAAAGGAGAAAUUACCAUAAAUAAAAAAAUAUAUGAAAUGUUAAAAUGUCUAAGUGUGGGUUUGGUACCUCAAACUUGGAAAAAACUUUACGCAUCAAAGAAAAAAAUCCUUUACUUUUUCGAAGAUUUAAAAGAACGAAUUAAUCAAUUAAAUCAAUGGAGUAUAAAUGGACAUUUACAAAUUUAUUGGCUAGGAGGUUUUUGUAACCCUAAAAGUAUUUUAAAAUACAUUUUGCAUGAAUAUUCUAAAAAAAAUGAUGUAAGCCAUGAAUUAAUUACCUUUGAAUUUAGUUCGAUAAAUAAAUCUGAUGAAAAUAAAUUAAAAGUUAAAAAUAUGGAAGAAGGCAUAUAUAUAAAAAAUAUAAUUUUACAAGGUGCUAAAUGGGAUUUUAUUAGUCAAUCCUUAAUAGAAACAGAUAAUAUUAAUUUAUAUUUUAUUAUACCUUUCGUUUAUUUGAAAGUUGUUUUAAUAAAAAAUCGUAAAAAUGAUAACGAUAUUUAUUAUUGCCCUCUAUAUAUAUGUGAAGAAAAGAACGUUAUGGACAUUAAAGAUAAUUAUUUAUUUCUGAUUGGAUUAAAUGCCGGAUCAAUAAAUCCAUCCGAAUGGGGAAAAAUGGGUGUUAGAUUAUUUUUAACGAAUGAGUGUUAA